CUUGUAGUGGUACUGCCCCGGCGAGAUGUUAACACUCGCAACCAGUCGGGCGAGUUUGAUGUUUACCCACUUUACGUGUGAUGACGCAACAAACCAGCUAGAGUUAAUUUUUUUCCGUCGCCCUUGAUAGCCGUGUUUUGAAUUAAUUCCACUUCUACAUGUGGUUCUGCCCACCAGUGCAGACUGUUCCUUGUGCACAAGUAGAACUUUUCUGAAGAAAAUGGCCAGCGAACACGACAGAGCUGUGCUUAACUGCAUCUUCAACCCUCUUCUGCCAAUCGGGGAGAACGCAUACGACGAGGAUUUGCCUGCUGAUCUUACAGAUGAUGAACCUCAGACACUAGAGUCGAAACAGGCCAAGCAGUUGGAGCUGGAAGGAGUGAAAGCUGCAGAAUCUGGAGACGUAGCCAUGGCUGUUGGUAUAUUUACGAGAGCAAUAAACACCUGCCCCACCUUGCCAUCUUGUUACAACAACAGAGCUCAAGCUUACAGAAUCCAAGACAACAUAGAAGGAGCACUCGCGGACCUGGACAGAGCCGUGUCGCUGAGCGGCGGCGCGGGACGGACCGGCCGCCAGGCCCUGUGCCAGCGGGGCAUCGUCCACCGCAAGGAGGGCAGGGAGGAGGCGGCCCGGAGGGACUUCCAGGCAGCCAGCAGGCUCGGCAGUCAGUUCGCCAAGGCACAGCUCGCCCAGUUGAACCCGUACGCUGCCCUUUGCAACAAGAUGUUGCACGACGCGUUUCUCAAGCUUCAGUCUGGCGAAGCUUAGCCCUUUGGCAAGUCACUGAAUUCAGGGGCGCAACAACUAAAUUUUCAAAGGUGGGGACAAUAUACCUUUUUAUAAAGAAUCACCGAUCUCCUCUAUUGAAGCGGGGGGUUUGGGGGUCCUCCCCCGGGAAAAUUUGUAUUUCAAGGUGGAAAAUGGUGCUAUUUAAACAGUUUUAUUAUCUAAAAAUUGAUUACACAGCACUUUCUUUGCCCCCAAUUCAAGGUUUCAGAGGGGGGGCAAAAUACCCUUGCCCCCCCCCCCCCCCCCCUUGCUGUUGCGCCCCUGACUGAAUAAACCUGUUAAUCAUGUUCCAUAUUAACAUAGUACUAACUUUUAAUCUGAAAAUAUUUACUCAAUUUGUGCACAAAAUCCAUCUAAUGUCUACUAUUAAGUAAAAUUCCAUUUUGAAAGAACUUGUUUAGUACUGAGAAUUCUGUUGAGCUUGAAUGUAAUAAUUUUUUUUUUAAAUAAACCAUUGAAACAAUGGUUAUAUUCUCUUGUGAAAGCAAAGAUACUUUCUGGCGAUGGCUUUAAAGUUUGAAACAUCUCUGUUUAUACAUCAAACUGAGUGUGAGCAUAAAGUGUGGUACAGUAAAAAUAUUCAAAUCAUUCCCUGGAAGGUAAUUUUUUUUUAGUAACAAUAAUCUCUUAAGGAUAAGGUUAAACAGUUUCAUCUGGAAAAAAUGAUUUCUAUUCACUUGCAGAGUAUUUCAACUCACAGAAAUUAAUUUAUUCAGAAGCCUGGAAAGCCGGGACCACACUACCACGAAUGGGACCACCAAAAACAUCUGAUGCAAAAAAAAAAUUCAAGGUGGUGUUUCGAAGUCAAAUUCUCAGGUGAACUGUUAAUAAAGAGUGACAAAAUGACAGUUGAGAAAAAUAUAAAAAUAGGUUGUUUUGUAUUACAGUGUGAAUAAUUAAAAACUGAAUUAUUUACAUGGCAUUAUCAAUAUGAACACACCUCAAAUUCUCUCAAUUCUUUCCACACUAUUUCUUCUCCGUAUUUCGCAGCUUAUCAACUAAUUUUGAAUCUGUAUAAAUUUUCAAUGAUAAACUUCAUCAAUCAACAACAAACAAAGGUAAAAUUAUUAAAAAACAUUUUAUGGAGACCUUGUUUUAUACAAUGAAAAGUCUUUAAAUCCAACAUUCUGCAAUCCGGCAACCAUCAAACUUCUCAUGUUACUGUGUUUUUUUUUUGGAUGGAUUCCAGCUGUUGACCUUGGUCACCAGUUUGCAUUAUUGCAGUGCUGGCAUUUUUAGUUCCCUCUAAGUUUAUUGCCACCUUCAGUUUUCAUUUCAGUACAAUUUUUCUUAGCACUGAAUAGUGUUGCUAUGUGGGUUUAAUUAUCACUUUCCUGUGGACAUAACUCAGUGAUGAAGAGAAAUACUAGCACACGAACAAAUUGUUUUACACUUUAUCCUUACUUAUAACUCCUGCCCUGGCAAGCAAGCUCCUGUUUGUGUUACAUCACUGUCAUUACAUUGUGCCGCUGUGUCUUGAACUCUCCAGCCAGUCAAAGCUCAGACAACACAAAUGCAUUCCCUGGCAGUUUCUAGGCUGCAGAUAAGCAACAGUGAAAAGCUAUUGCAUCUUUCCUCGGCCAGAUCUGCAUGCUAGACAAGUCAGCUGACAGAGUGAGACAGUGCUCGGCUUAGCGAUACCCACAAAUAAAUGCUGGCAAAGAGGAGACUGUUUGGCUGGUAAGAGAGGUUUUGCAGCUGUUUGCGACAUGCAUGCAAGACGUAAGUGGUGAAAGUGUGUUUGGGCACCGCAGUACACAGACAAGGACCAGACUUCAGUCACAUAAUAUUAUUCAUGUUUCGUUACUUUUUGAAUGACCCUUGUAUAAAUCAAUCAUAGGUUAAUAUAAAUAAUUAGGUUAAGUAUUCAUACAUGAACAAACUUCAGAUUGAUUUAUACGAGGGUCAUUCAAAAAGUAACAAAACAAAUCGAUGUAACUCAAAAACUGUUUAAUUAAAAUAAAAUUUUACUUAAUACACUUGUCCCAUCGUUCCUUGGCAUAAUAUUCUUUUGGCUGCUUUCGGAGUCACAUUUGCACCUGAAUUUUGACUUAUUUGUUGGAGUUGAAUUUUAUGCCAUGUAGAGCUUAGGGGACCAAACGUGGAAAUCUGAGGUGAUAUUUGGACUGUAAGGAGGGUGUGGAAGAAUCUCCCUGUCUAGUUUUUUAAUGGAUUCUUGCAUUAUCUGUGCUGUAUGCGGCCGUGCAAGUGUCACAUUUAUUAAAUAAAUCAUUUCUGAGCUA